GGAUGACCCUGCAGGUUUGAGGGGGAGCGGGCUUCCACUUUACCACAAACAGAGAGUGAAAGGCAGACUUAAUGAUACAAGUAACUUUGAUGAGGGCAGCUGCAAAAGAGGAAGGAAAAAUAGGGACAGAAAAAGCAGAAUGAAAGCGAGAUAUUGAGAAGAGAAACAGAGAAGAAGAUUCCCCGAGUGACACGGUGGACCCUGCAAGCAGACAUGAGUAAUCGCUCCAUCGCCUGGUGGCUGAGACAGAUCGGCCUGCCCCAGUACACCAAGAUACUCGAGAGUGAAUAUUAUGGUCUGGAGGGUUUGCUGAAUGUGACGGACGGAGAGUUGAAGGAUGCAGGGAUAGAAGAUGCAACACACAGAGAAGCCAUCCUCAACCAGCUUUCAAAACAGAGGGAGAGGCUGGACCCACACUCUGCUUCAUUUUUAACAGAUGGCCAUGAGAGUGGUGGGCAAGUCAUAAAGCGCAGAGUGAGCCGAAAGUAUUCACUGGGAUCAUCCAUGGAUCUGGAGAAGCCAAAGGAUCUGUUUCGUCAGAGUGUUCUUCCCCGCCUCCAGCGCGCCGACAAGAAACACCGCCUGUCUGCCUCCUGCUCGCAGCUCCGUCCCCUGGAUGAGGACAACGUCAGUCACAACGGCUGCCAGGAGAGCAAACACAGCAAGAGGAGGAGUGUCACUGCAUACUUCGGCCAGCUGAAGUUGUUUGGUGGUCGAAAAGAGAUGGACUCACUGAAGAAGGAGCUGGAAGAGGAGCUGAAGCUCAGCACUGAAGACCCAAGGAGCCAUGCAUGGUACCAUGGACCACUGAGCCGAGAGGCUGCAGAGACUCUGCUUGAGAGGGAUGGGGACUUUCUGGUCCGGGAAUCAAGCUCCUGCCCUGGCGACUAUGUACUGACCUGCUUCUGGAAGAACAGCCCCAUGCAUUUUAAAAUCAUACGAGUGGUCCUUCGACCGAAAAAGGGCUACUCUCGGGAGCUGUUCCAGUUCGAGGAGGAUCGCUUUGACAAUGUUCCCGCUCUCAUUCGUUUCCAUGUGGGCGGGCGUCGGCCCAUCUCCCAGGCUUCAGGCGCUGUCAUCUUUCACCCAAUCACACGGACCCUUCCUCUGCGUGUCAUCACUGAGCGACAUGCAAAGUCCAAAAGUAGCUGCAAUAAAGUUGCAGGGGGUGAAAAACAGACUGAAUAUAACAAAAGACGCAGCCUCAGCUCCACACAUGCUGACAUGCUGGAAGUCCCCAAUCCUUUGCUAAGAAGUGGAAGUCACCCAGCGAACUUGGAGAACGUGGGACGGAGGCCUUCCCUUCAGACUGCACAGUCAGACAGCAACCUACGAACUGGUGUUCCCCAGAAUGCUCAGUCUGAGGACACUAGCCACGCCCCCAUUUCCCCAGUGUUUCGGACAGGCAGCGAACCCCUUCUGAGUCCACAGCCGCGACACGCACGGCCCUCCCAUCCAGGUGGUGGUGCAACUUUGCGAGGUUCAGAUGGGCAGCUGCACCCCAGAGCUCCUCCUAAACCUCUCAGGGUCUCUACUGUUUUCCCCAAUGCUGUACCUCCCCCACCCACAGACCGGGACGAAGACCCAUCCUCUUUCUACGAUGAGCUGGUCAUCCGGGUGCCACAGAGCAAGCAGAAAGGUCAUGUGGACCGACUGCGUGCAGAGGAAAAGUGGCAGAGUCGUGCACACCUCACAGAGACUUCCUUUGGCUUCUUGGAGGCUGAGAAAAGAGAAGCAUCAUCCCAGCUGCUGUUUGACAAACAGUUCCUGAAGAAGGGAGAGGAGAUAGUGGAGGACUGGCAUUUCGAGCGACCACAUAUGGAGUCGGGGUCAUGCUUCCAGUUGGAUCGGUUUGAGUCGCUGCUCUUACCUGAGAACAACCGACCUCUGGAGAACAGCGUCCUGCUGGUGCUGAAAGAGCUCUUUAACCGAUCAGACUCCAAAACCAUAGCUUUGCACAUACUCAGUGUUGACUGCCAGGUAGCACGCAUUGUCGGGGUGACUGAUGAGCAGAAGAGGCUAAUGGGAGUUGGAUCAGGUCUGGAGCUUGUCACUCUGCCACAUGGACACCAGUUAAGACAGGAUUUGUUAGAGAGGCAUUAUCUAAUAGCACUGGGAGUCGCAGUGGAUAUCCUGGGCUGCACAGGGACUGUGAGCCAGAGAGCAUCUGUUUUACACAAAGUAAUCUUAUUGGCUCAGGCCCUGAAAGAACACACCCACAACUUGUAUUCCUUCUCAGCUGUGAUGAAGGCCCUGGAGAUGCCUCAGAUAGUGCGACUGGAGAUGACAUGGCGAGCACUGAGGAGGAACCACACAGAGAGUGCAGUUUUAUUUGAGAAGAAUCUCAAACCCUUCAUGAAGUCGCUGAAUGAGGGAGAUGGCUCCAUAGUCCAGGGUCCCUUAGUUUUGCCACACCUGGUUCCACUGCUGAUGCUGAUGGAGGGUGAGGACCCGGUAGAGAACAGCGAUCGAGGCUGUCAGCUCCUCUAUGACGUCCUCCAGUCCGCUCGCAAUGCUGCAUUGCACGCCCAAGAUUAUCAGGAGCACGCACACGCUUUGCUCUCAGGAGGCUGGGAGCCGAUCCCUGAACUGCUCGAGGCGUUUCGCACAGAGUUUGCCCUGCGGCUGUUCUGGGGUCAGCUGGGGGCAGGGGCAGACAGGAAGGAGCGAUACGAGAAGUUUGACAAGAUUCUUUGUGUCCUCUCGAAUAAACUGGAACCUGUGGAGAUCACCCCAUAACCCGAACCUUUAACCUGAGCCUCAGGCCCCAGUUUCCCUCAGCUGAGUGAAAUCGGCACUUUCUUCACUCGAGGAAAAUAAAAAGCAAGAAAGUUUUUAGCCGAGCUUCUGUGUGUCGUGGCGUUAAAGAAAGAGAGCUCAGCUAUGAGAUCAAACAGAAAGAGGAAAGUGGGGUUUUUUUUGUUUUUUUUUUCCUGUACUUGCUGAGAUGUGACUGUGUUGAGCUUGUCAAACAACAGCUUAACUUUAGUUUUUUUUAAACUGGAAUGUGUUGGCAGACCUUUACUGUGAAAAGGGCUGCAUUAGAUUUCAUUUUUUCUUCUGAAAUCUGAAAUUGCUUUUCCAAAAACUGGAAUGUGUUUACAAAAUGUGCAUUUUUAAAAAAUCCAAACCACUUGUCUGACACUUGAUGUUCCAGGAGGCCAUUAUUAAAAUGAAUUUCCAGCUUUAUUCUUUAUCGUUGUUGUAAGGGGCCACACUGGUUACUGUAUUUUUUAUGUCAGUGUUUUGAAUGCACAAAUAAAUAUUAUUUUGCUUUGUCAUUUUGUUUCUCAGAAGUAACACUGUAAUGAAACAAGACAAAUGUUUUUCUUCUUUUUUUUUUUUUUUUUUUUUAAUAGUACAUGUAAAUACA